AUGAGGAUUUCUUCUCGCGACUGGUUUCUGUUGAUAUUCUCUGGCUUUUGGGGACUGGCAAUGGGUGCUUUCCCGAGCAGCGUUCAGAUCGGCGGUCUGUUCAUCAGAAACACUGAUCAGGAGUACACUGCCUUUCGCUUGGCAAUCUUCCUGCACAAUACCAGCCCGAACGCCUCGGAAGCUCCGUUCAACCUGGUGCCUCAUGUGGACAACAUCGAGACGGCAAACAGCUUUGCCGUCACCAACGCCUUUUGCUCCCAGUAUUCCCGUGGUGUCUUCGCCAUCUUCGGCCUGUACGACAAGCGCUCGGUCCACACGUUGACGUCCUUCUGCAGCGCCCUGCACAUCUCCCUCAUCACGCCCAGCUUCCCCACGGAGGGCGAGAGCCAGUUCACCCUGCAGCUCCGGCCAUCCAUCCGGGGGGCGCUCCUGUCUCUCCUUGACCACUACGACUGGAACAAGUUUGUCUUCCUGUAUGACACCGACCGAGGAUACGCCAUCCUGCAGGCCAUCAUGGAGAAGGCAGGUCAAAACAAUUGGCAGGUCAGCGCCAUCUGUGUCGAAAACUUUAACGAUGCCAGUUACCGGCGACUGUUGGAGGAUCUGGACCGGAGACAGGAGAAGAAGUUUGUAAUCGACCUUGAGGCGGAGAGACUGCAGAACAUGCUGGAACAGAUUGUCAGUGUCGGGAAACAUGUUAAAGGCUACCAUUACAUCAUGGCCAACCUGGGUUUUAAGGACAUCAACCUGGAGCGCUUCAUGCAUGGUGGGGCCAACGUGACCGGCUUCCAGCUAGUCGACUUCAGCAACCCCAUGGUCAUCAAACUGAUGCAGCGCUGGAACAAGCUGGAUCAGAGGGAGUACCCAGGCUCGGAUGCCCCACCUAAGUACACUUCAGCGCUGACAUACGAUGGGGUGAUGGUGAUGGCCGAGGCCUUCAGGAACCUGCGCAGGCAGAAGGUGGACAUUUCCAGGCGGGGGAACGCUGGCGACUGUCUCGCCAACCCCGCCGCCCCAUGGAACCAGGGUAUCGACAUGGAGCGUACUCUCAAACAGGUCCGGUUGCAGGGAUUAACAGGUAAUGUCCAGUUUGACCACUAUGGCCGCAGGGUCAACUACACAAUGGACGUGUUUGAACUGAAGAAUAAUGGACCCAGAAGGAUCGGCUACUGGAAUGAUGCAGACAAACUGGUGCUGAUCCAGGACUCUCCACUGCUUCCAAAUGACACUUCUGGCAUGGAGAAUCGCACUGUUGUAGUUACUACCAUCAUGGAGGGUCCCUAUGUGAUGCUUAAGAAGAACUGGGAGAUGUACGAGGGCAACGACCAGUACGAGGGCUACUGUGUGGACCUGGCCUCGGAGAUCGCCAAACACAUCGGCAUCAAGUACAAAAUCUCCAUCGUUCCCGAUGGAAAGUAUGGCGCGAGGGACCCAGAGACGAAGAUCUGGAAUGGCAUGGUCGGGGAGCUGGUGUACGGGAAAGCGGAAAUCGCUGUGGCCCCUUUGACUAUCACGUUGGUCCGGGAGGAGGUGAUCGACUUCUCCAAGCCUUUCAUGUCGCUGGGCAUUUCCAUCAUGAUCAAAAAACCCCAAAAAUCCAAACCAGGGGUGUUCUCCUUCCUGGACCCGUUGGCCUACGAGAUCUGGAUGUGCAUCGUGUUCGCCUAUAUCGGCGUGAGCGUGGUGCUCUUCCUGGUCAGCCGCUUCAGCCCGUAUGAAUGGCACACCGAGGAGCCCGAAGAGGGUACCGACGGUCAGCCAAGCGACCAGCCCCCCAAUGAGUUUGGUAUCUUCAACUCCCUCUGGUUUUCCCUAGGCGCCUUCAUGCAGCAAGGCUGUGACAUCUCCCCCAGAUCGUUAUCGGGUCGAAUUGUUGGAGGAGUAUGGUGGUUCUUCACUCUCAUCAUCAUCUCGUCCUACACGGCUAACCUGGCCGCCUUCCUCACUGUGGAGAGGAUGGUUUCCCCCAUUGAGAGCGCAGAGGAUCUGGCGAAGCAGACAGACAUUGCCUACGGCACUUUGGACUCUGGCUCGACCAAAGAGUUCUUCAGGCGGUCAAAAAUCGCCGUCUAUGAGAAGAUGUGGGGAUACAUGAAGUCCGCUGAGCCCACAGUCUUCACCAAGACCACGGCUGAGGGCGUGGCGCGGGUCCGCAAAUCCAAAGGGAAAUACGCCUUCCUUUUGGAGUCCACCAUGAAUGAAUACACCGAGCAGCGCAAGCCAUGCGACACAAUGAAAGUGGGAGGCAACUUGGACUCCAAAGGCUACGGAGUAGCUACACCCAAGGGUUCACAGUUAAGAAGUGCAGUUAACCUGGCAGUAUUAAAACUCAAUGAGCAAGGCCUGUUGGACAAAUUGAAAAACAAGUGGUGGUACGACAAAGGAGAGUGUGGCAGCGGAGGCGGUGGCGAGAAGGACAAGUCGUCCCAGGCCCUCAGUCUGAGCAACGUGGCGGGGGUCUUCUACAUCCUCGUCGGGGGCUUGGGCCUGGCCAUGCUGGUGGCCCUCAUUGAAUUCUGCUACAAGUCACGCAACGAGGCCAAGAGAAUGAAGCUAACAUUUACAGAAGCCAUGAGAAACAAGGCCCGUCUGUCCAUCACAGGCAGCGUUGGGGAGAACGGACGGGUGCUGACGCCCGACUGUCCCAAGGCCGUCCACACUGGUCCUCCCCUCCGCCAGAGCUCCGGCCUCGCCCUGGUCUCCUCUGAGCUCCCGUGAAAACCAAAAACCUCUCAAGUGCCUUAUUCCAAAAACAAGAAAAAACAAUAAUCACACCGCCCACGAAACAACCAGAGACUAACUACAAAGAAACAGGAUUCACACACCCAACAGGUCACCUCCAGUGGGCGAGACAGGGACGACGGAGGCGCAAACAACAAAUCCCGCUGUUAGAAGUUAUGACUUGUUGCGGAUCAAUGAUUUCUCUCGGAAAUCUGCGGAAACCAGAGGCAGAACUAUCUCCAUUUUAUAAUUGUGUGGCCACAAGGAAGCAGGAGUAUGUUUGAAUCAAAGGGAAUUGACUGGAGCCUUUAGCACUCCAGUGAUGGAAGAGCAACAGAGGGGAAGAAAAUGAAUAAUAUCAUGAUACAUGAUAAAGACGAAGACCAGAAAACUGUAAACUUGAAACUCAAAACUGUGCAUUUUUGGAUUGCUGUUAAUUGGCAACAAAACUGAACCACAAUCAAGAUUGUUUUCAAACUGAACAGUAUUUGCUACAAAGACAUGAGCAGCGUUCAAGAGACAACAAUCUCACGAGAUAUCAACAAGGGACACUGGGAGAGUUGUAGCUCAGUGCCAUGACGAUACGACGAAAAAUAUUUGUAUUCAUGAUAACAAAAAGGAAAUCUAUUGAUAUUGAAUAUAUGAGUAAAUGUAGGAAACUGUGAAAAUAAGUAAAUAUGUAUAUUCCGUUAAAAACAAAAUGAAGAAUUUAGCUGUACAUAGGGUGGACUGUGUAACAUGCUUGCUUUUUAAACAGAUGUACAUAGCAGAUAAUGUAGUGGACAGACAGACAGUUCUUUUUUGUAAAUCAUCUUUAAAGAUUUUAUUCAUCGCAAUACUGAAAAAGAUGAUGCCACUUGAAGGAGGAGACAUGUGGAAGGCAGUGUUAAAUGUGUUGAAUACUUAACUGUAUCAUAUAGGAACAUUCAAACUCUAAAUGUGAAGGGGUAUCAGCUGCCCAAAUAUUCUGAUACCUGUUGCAUACAAAUUCAUUAAUAUAUUCAACAAUGAAUGUUAAGUAGCUCCACCCCCAAUCCUUAAACCACAACCCUCACUGUGCAGACGUAGACCCAGACAGUUGCUCAUGAGUAGAGCUUUAUAAAUCAAGUUUCUGCAGUCAGAAUAUAACUAUUUUUUUCAUUCUUUGAUCUAUUUUUUGUACUGAGAAAUGAAAAAAGAAACUGUCUGUCUCCUGGUUUUAAAUGUAGACAGUAAAGUACUAUCUGGGUAGAUCUUUUAGACCAUUAUGUGUGACAUGAAUCCAAAUGAGGAUGCGAAAUUAAAAAAAAAAAAAGAAAGAAGCCAUUUCUCUCAAUAUAUGUUAUAUGAAGUAUGUAAUGACGUCGAACCCGAGCUGAUGAAGCCACUGUUUGUCUGUUGAACAAUGAUUAGAGCCCUUCCUUACUGAAACACUGUGGAUCCCCCAGGGAGGCUGGACACACUGUAGCAGAAAUGUAUUGGAUCCAGUCUCACUGACUGAAGUGUCCUCAUCUCUUUUGGACAAAUGGAAGGACAAUCUGCAAUAGGAUACAAGACGCCACAUCUUCAGCAGCACCAGCCAACGAUGUCGUUGGUUCUAAAUGUUUUUGUUUAUUCCUGGCUCUCAUCUGGUCCGUUCUGUUCCACGUGCUGCGGUUGGACGGGGAAGUUUUUAGCAGCGCAGAACCCAGCUGAAAUAUUUCAGGUCAUGCCUUUUUGUCCUGCCAUCCAUCUUUAGAGCUGAAGUGUAAU